CCUUUAAAGGACGGUGGGGUGGGUGUCGGCGUGUGCUCCGAGAGUUCACUGAACCGUCGAGAGGAGACGUUUCCGCCCACAAGAAAGAUGGCGGCUCCCUUACUGGAGAAGCUGUCGGAGUCUUUAGGAUCUCCCGAACCCGCGGUUCGACUCAUUUUAUCCAUUUUAAUCGCGUAUCCUUGUGCUCUGGUGUAUCGCCGUUUCCUGUUUUAUCAGCCUGCACCCGUCAUCCACUUGUUCCACACGCUGUCUGGACUGGCUCUGGCCACAUUUAACUUUGCAGGAUCUCAGAUCUAUCACUCGGCAGUAUGCAUCCUGGUUCAGUUCCUGAUGCUGAGGCUCAUGGGAAGGACGGUAACAGCUGUCCUGAGCAGCUUCAUCUUCCAAAUGGUCUACCUGCUGGCAGGUUACUACUACACUGCCACAGGGGAGUACGACAUCAAGUGGACGAUGCCUCACUGCGUUCUGACACUAAAGCUCAUAGGUUUGUCGUUGGACUACUUUGAUGGCGCCAAGGAGCCGUCACAGCUGAGCCCUGAACAGAAGGACUCCGCCGUGCACACUGUGCCCUCCUUCCUGGAGGUCUGCGGUUUCUCUUACUUCUAUGGCGGCUUCCUGGUGGGGCCCCAGUUUACGCUACGCAGCUACCAGAGGCUGGUGGCCCGGGAGCUCACGGACCGCCCAGGACAGCCUCCGAACAGUAUGGUUCCAGCCAUGAAGAGGUUCGCCCUGGGCUUCGUCUGCCUCGUGCUGUUUGCCACAUUCAGCCCCUCAUUCCCAGACAGCUACAUGCUGACAGAAGAGUACAAGGCCCAGCCCUUCUGGUACCGCUGCGUGUUCAUUCUGCUGUGGGUCAAAAUCAUCCUCUACAAGUACGUCAGCUGCUGGGUGAUCGCGGAAGGCGCGUGUAUCCUCUCAGGCCUGGGCUACAACGGCGCGGAGGACGGGAAGCCCAAGUGGAACGCCUGCGCCAACAUGAAGGUGUGGCUGUUUGAGACCACGCCGCUCUUCUCAGGAACCAUCUUGUCCUUCAACAUCAACACCAACGCGUGGGCUGCCAGGCAUGUCUUCAAGCGCCUGAGGUUCCUGGGCAACAAGACUCUGUCGCACGUCGCCACGCUGAUGUUCCUAUCGAUAUGGCACGGGCUCCACUCGGGAUACUUCAUGUGCUUCUCCAUGGAGUUUAUCAUCGUCAUCGUGGAGAGACAGGCCCAGAGUCUGGUGAAGGACAGCCCAGCCUUGACCAAACUGGCCAACAGCCCCCUCUACCCAUUCAUCUAUGUAGUGCAGCAGCUGAUCCACUGGUUCUUCAUGGGCUACUCCCUGGUGCCCUUCUGCCUCUUCACCUACGACAAAUGGCUGCAGGUCUACUCCUCGGUCUACUUCUGCGGCCACGUCUUCUUCCUGCUGGCGUUCCUCGCCAUGCCGUACCUGCGACGGAUGCUGGUGCCAAGACAGGAGCGGAGCCAGAAAAAGCAGGAGUAAAUCCCGGUACCAAUGGUCGCCAUGAUUCAUAAAAGAGAACUGUCCGAUGAAGGGAACUGUGACUCAAGGAGCCGAAUGGAAAAUAUUUUUACGGCCUUUAGUAAGAUAAUAUAUAUAUAAAAAAAAAUGUCCAUGUAAAAAAAAAAAUAAAUCUAUAUAUUUUUGUGUUUUAAACAACAAGGGUGGUUUUAUAAACGUUCUGUGAAAUGUUUACAGGAAAUGACCAUCGUGCCACACCAGGUAUUUGUGAGCCAAUCAGGGGCCAUUUCCUGUUUUCUUUGCGGUUUUCGGGGAGGCACGCGGGACCUGUUGAACUUGAGACUUUAACUUGCUGUCGACACUGAAUUGCACUCAACGGCGGUGGGUUUGUGGGAACCCGUCUCUGACUCCGAUGUUUUGUCUUCAUGUGUGUUUCAUUGUUUCCGGUCUGGUGUCGAGCCGCAGGACGCAUGUUUAGUUGUUGUGAUCUCUCACGUCAUGUGGUUCCAAGCCUGAUUGUUCGUGGAGGACGGCUGCCUGUGGCAGAACAAGCGAUGUCGCUGACCCCUCCACCCUUCAUCCCCACCCCGCUGCUCUCCACCACCCAACGAAACAUGGCCUUGUAUCGAUGAAUGUUUUUAUGCUUCAAUUUGUGAUUUCAGAGACUUGAUUUUAUAAAACAGCUUUUAUGGACUAAAGAACAUUUUGUAGCUUUGUAAAACAUUUCACGGAAUAAGUUUUCGUUGUCCUCUGAAGAGUUGUAUUUUUGUUGUCUUCUGUUCGCCUCUGCUGUCUGUCUGAUCAACUUUGAAAUGGUUUAUAAAUGAUUGUCUUUUCUCUUU